AGAAGAACGGGCAACACCUUGAAUUACAUUUCUCGGCUCUGUGAAAGUUGUAAACUAAGAAGUAGAAUAAAACUCAGGCGUCAUGCUGUCUUUUUCCACGAUCGAGAAGAUCCUUCGGGACAAAGGAUAUGAGCACACUCGUACACGCGGAUCUCAUCACCAGUUCACGCAUUCCGAGCGCGCAACCCAGCCUGUUCCGGUUCACAAUCACAAGGUGCGUGUGAGCGUUUGGUGGCUCAUUCUACGGAACAUUGAUCGUGAGGACGAUCUUAGAUGCAAGCCGGUGCAAGGCCAUGCAAACGAUGCGGGUGCAUGUGAUGCCGGGUCAGGUGGAGGCGGAGAGAUCGCUCCGCGCACUGCGGAUCACGCCAAGGAGAGCCCAACAGUUGCGCCACGACCUUGGAAACCUCGUGCGGAGCCCGUUCUCGCCACGGAUGAAAAAGCCGAGUAUGAGCGGCUCCUAACGGAAUACGAACGGCGCGCAGCAGAAAAGAAGGAACUGCUCGUUCAGGAAAUGCUGGAUGUCGAGGAGAGGCACUUCGCAUUUCUGGCGGACAACAAUGCUCUCGGUGCAGUGGAGUUUCUGGAGAAGGUCUUGUUCGAGGAAAGAAAGUUUGCAAAAUUUCGAGGCCGACCGGAAAAGGGUGCGGACCAUGCAACCUUGAUGGACUUGGAGCUGUACUACACCUGUGCUUUGGAGCAACACGCAGCCCAACUCCCGUUUGGUUCUGAGGAUCAACAAAAGACUCUCUCAAAAAUUUUUGACUUCUUGGCGGAAAUGAAGACCAUUUGGUGGACGAGGACGCAAUCUGCGUCACUGGAAGACCGUCACGCGACGCUCCUCAACAACAUUCUGGAGUCACUUCGAGAUCACCUGAGACUGGUGCGCUGCAAUCCCAGAGGGCUUACUUUGGACGACAGGACUACGGAGGCCUUUGUCUACAAUCAGUGCCUGCACGAAGGAUCGUUUCGUUUUUUCACUUUCUUGUUGGAGUAUUUUUCACGUGAUGGGCAGCGCCGCGGGGGACCCCGUCAGAAGCGCUUUGAAGACUUCGCGAAGAUAUUUCGCGUCGAAUUGGUCGCACUGGCACUACAAGGAGGAUCGCCGGGAAAAUAUUUGCUGUUGGACUGCUGUGGCGGCCCAGGAAGAGUACAGUCCAAGACUCUCGAGGAAUUCAGCAAAUACCACCAGCAAGCGCAAAACUUUCGCGAUAUAUUCGCGUUGGUUCCGACAGAAUUUUCGUGUUGGGAGGACACCAUGCGCCGGAUGACCAGCGAAAUGGGUGGCUUGUAUCGUUGCGAGUGCGGCGGGCCUCUCGCAGGCAAUAUGCUUCCAGGCCUCGCUCCCUUACAUAUGAGUCGGUGGGCGUUCGCGCACGAACAUGAAACCUUGGACUGGUUAUGUCGCUUGCUGCAGAAAACCAUCGAAUGUGUAGAGGCAGUAAUGAAUAGCGGCGUCUUCAGAACCCUGAGCACAGGGAUAGCGGACACAGUUUUUAAGCGGCAGAUCUUCGCAAACUCACUCGGUCCCUACGGCUCGACUUCGCGCGAAGGAUCUGCAUCGACCAAACUGCUCCUGUCCUCAAUUUCAAAAUGUACUGCUUCUGCAAAAGAUCGCUCUUCAUCGGCGAAGCAAGGAAAGGCUACUGCAACGUCCGUGGCCAACGUUCUCGGCACCGUUAUAAGCUGUCACAUGGAUCUCCUGCAUCUCGCUCUGACACAUCCUGUUCAUGACGAAAGUCAGGGGACAAGAGCGGCGGGGGCGAGCGAAGAAAUUGAUCUCGUCCAACAGGAAAAUGCUUGGGGCUGGCGAGUGAGUCACAUCCUGUAUGGUGCUUUUGCUAUGCUGCACGCGUACCGGUUUUCCAAGGAUGGUCGCGCGGUAUUGGAGGGAUGUUGCGGCUCCCACAUCUGUCCCGCGAUCUCAAAGAAAUCACAAGAGAUUGUCUCGAAAAAACCCGGAACUGGGAGUCGCAGCAAGCAGGGCUCGAGAACUGUCUGCAAACCUUCGGCGUCACGCCCCAUUGUCGACGUCGAUAACCACGGGUCGUGGCGUCUUCGCGUUUUCGAAUGCCUAUACUUCUUACUCCGACAGUGGCGCUACGACUUCACAACGCGCCAAAACCAUGUCGUCAGGAGUUUCGUCGACCGGACUUCCGGUACAAUCGUCACACCUGGCGCUCUAGACCCGGAGACAGGGAAACCACCUCCCUUUUAUGAGUACGGGGCGUACUUCCUCUUCUACACGCUCUUCGUGCCAACGUGUUUGUUGGAUCUCCACGAGCAAAAAGACGAACAAGAUGACCGGAACGUAGACGCAUCCACGAGUUUCUGGCUCGGUACGAGCAGCAGUGAAGACGCAAACAAGUUCAUCACACAGAGAGGCGCGGCCAUGUGGCACACCGGCAGCAAUGAUUCUGACGUUGGUAAUGAUUGUCCCAACUUGCGUCACAACAUCGCAGCAUUCCUCUUGUCCUGGCAGUGGCAGGGAUUGCAGAAGACUACAAUCAGCGGGAAGGAGCUGUUCACGCAUAUUGACGAGGUCCUCGCAAACGAAAGCGUGGAGCGAUCUCGAGCCGUCGAGCCGACGUCCCAAGAUGAAACAAUGCGUUUGAUGGCCACAUUUGGUGAAGGAAUUUCUGCGUACAGGAAGCUACAGUCCUCACACGGGAAACAAAAAGUCUGCGCGUUGGCGAAUGGGAAAGGGCGUCUUUCGCCCGAAGAGGUGGAUGAAGCAACAGCAUCUUUUGUCCUGGCUAUUUCAUCCACGGGAUCGUUUCAGUUCCACAGCGAAGAGAACGGAGAUGAGGAUGACGAGCAGGAGAAGACCGCCAGGAUGAAAAAGAUGCUGAAGCAGUACGAGGGCCUGGCUCUCCCUCGAAGGCGCCGGUUCAAUCAAGCAUUGUUGACAGUGUUUUGGUCGGCCAACAUGUUUGUGUCAGAAAAGGACCUCGAAAAAGUGUUACCAUCACGACGUGAGGCUUGCGCUCGUGCCUCUCGUGCUAGUGCAGGUGACGCUGCCGCUUCGCGGGUUUUUGAGAGUUUCCAUGGUUUUCUGCACGAAGUGAAGCGUGGAACGCAGGUUCGGACGAAAAUAAUCAAGCGGAUGUUUCUAUACGUGACUGGUACUAUGGCGGUCGCAAGAACGGUCCUUGGAGGAAUGGAUUACCGUCCGCAACCAUACAUGUUUUACUCACCAGAGCCAGCACUCGAGACCGCACCAGUAGAACAGCGGAGGCAGCCACCAAGUAAAAGUGUACUCCGCCUGGAUUUUGUACCUCCCCCCGGAUCGAAAUCAUCAGCAUCACGUGUGCCAACGAAGCCCAUGGUCUUGUGGUACUUCUUGACGGAUAUCCUUGGAAUCGAAAAUACUUUCGAAAACUUGUGGAAUGCCUGGCACUUGGUAUUCGAGAAAAACAGCAAGAAGACUGCAACUGCUUUGAAAACAAUCGCAGCUAAGCUGAAAGUCGAGAUACCGUCUCUCGAUUGAACCGGCAGCUCGAGGUAGAAGCAGCAAAAACAUGUAAGCUCGUCAAGAUGAGCAUGUAAAAGCGUCGAUUUUGUGUUGACCACGACCUUUAGAAUCCAAUCCGCGUCGAUUCACAGUCGUUCGUAAGGGAGAUACUAGAUUACUGUCAAACCUAUUCCGGAUUCCAUGCACUUUCACGACGAGCACGUCAGGUGGACAACCAACCUGGCGGUCUUUCCUCUGUCGUUAGACUUAUUCUUGAAACAGAAAAUAAGAU